GAUCAAUAAAGUUUUAUCUGAACAGUAACAUUCAUUCACAAACUUGACUCCUCCCACCUGUGAGGUGCAGUUCCACCUUUGCUUCAUGUUCACCAGAGGAAACCCUGCUGUUUCACAAUAAAAGCAGAGAAAAACAGAGCUGCAGUGAGAGGAGGAGCAACACAGGAAACAAAGGUCAGCGUCAACGUCUCACUCCAGAAAUGAAAGUAAAGUCUGUCAGAGCAACAACUGAGCUGCAGCGGAGACGAGUCUGUUUCUCUCUGACAGAAAAUUAAAGUGAGUCCAUCAGGUCUUUGUCAACAACACAGCAGAGUCUCUACCAAACACUGUGUGUCGACAUGUCUGCUGCCAGCAACCUGAGAUCUGAAGAUCAGUUCCUGUGCUCCAUCUGUCUGGAUGUGUUCACUGAUCCAGUCACUACACCAUGUGGACACAACUUCUGUAAGAACUGCAUCACUACACACUGGGACAUUAGUGACAGGUGUCAGUGUCCCAUGUGUAAAGAGGUUUUCUAUGUAAGACCUCAGUUGAGGGUCAACACUUUCAUCUCUGAGGUUGUUGCUCAGUUCAAACAUGAAGCUCAACAGAAAACCAGCAGCAGCAGCUCAGAGCAACAAGUUUCCAAACCAGGAGAAGUUCCCUGUGACAUCUGCACUGGAACCAAACUGAAGGCCCUGAAGUCCUGCCUGGUGUGUCUGACCUCCUACUGUGAGACUCACCUGGAGCCUCACCUGACAGUGUCAGGCCUGAAAAGACAUCAGCUGAUCGACCCUGUGGAGAACCUGGAAGACAGGAUGUGUACGAAGCACGAUAAACCUCUGGAGCUGUUCUGUCAGACCGACCAGACAUGUGUCUGCGUGCUCUGCUCUGUUUUAGACCACAAGACACAUGAGUUUGUUCCUCUGAAAGAAGGAUAUGAAGGAAAGAAGGCAGAGCUGGAGAAGACAGAGGCUGAAAUUCAGCAAAUGAUCCAGAAGAGACGACUGAAGAUUCAGGAGAUCAAACACUCAGUCAAGAUCAGUAAAGAUGAUGCAGACAGAGAGAAAGCAGAAGGUGUUCAGGUCUUCACUGCUCUGAAGGAGUCUGUUGACAGAGGCCUGAACCAGCUCAUAAAGGAGAUCGAAGACAAACAGAAAACCACAGACAAACAGGCUGAAGACUUCAUCACAGAGCUGGAACAGGAAAUCUCUGAGCUGAUGAAGAGAAGCACUGAGGUGGAGCAGCUGUCACUCUCUGAAGACCACCUCCACCUCCUCCAAAGCUUCCCAUCCCUGAAAGCUGCUCCACCCACCAAGGACUGGACAGAGGUCAGAGUCCGUCCACCAUCAUAUGAGGGGACUGUGGUGAGAGCUGUGGCUCAGCUGGAGGAGACGCUCAGUGAAGAGAUGAAGAAGCUGAUUAAUGAGGCUGAGCUGAAGAGGGUCCAGCAGUAUGCAGAGGAUGUGACUCUGGAUCCUGAUACAGCAAAUCCUCAACUCAUCCUGUCUGAUGAUGGAAAACAAGUUCACUGUGGUGAUGUGAGGAAGAAUCUCCCAGACAAUCCAGAGAGAUUUUCUCCUUGUCCCUUUGUCUUAGGAAAGCAGAGUUUCUCUUCAGGCAGAUUUUACUUUGAGAUUCAGGUUAAAGGAAAGACUGACUGGAUUUUAGGAGUGGUCAGAGAGUCGAUCAACAGGAAGGGAGACAUCACACUGAGACCUCAGAAUGGUUACUGGACGACAUGGUUCAGAAAUGGAACUGAGUACUUGGCUGCUGCUGGCCCUCCAGUCCGUCUCUCUCUGAAGUCUCAGCCUGAGAAGGUGGGGGUGUUUGUGGAUCAUGAGGAGGGUCUGCUCUCCUUUUAUGACGUAGCUGCUGCAGCUCUCAUUUACUCCUUUACUGGCUGCUCCUUCACUGGGAAACUCUACCCAUUUUUCAGUCCCUGGUUUCAUGAUGGUGGUAAAAACUCUGCCCCUCUGAUCAUCUGUCCUGUCAAUCAAACUGAGUAGACUAUUAAAUAAGUUGGUUUCAAUUUUUGAUUUGAUGAAUUGAAUUAUAUUUAUUCAAGGGAACAAAUGAACAUACUCAGUGUGAUGCUAUUAACAUCUCUUCACUCUACAGAAUAUGAUUAAUGGUGAUAGAGUUACACUUUAUCAUUAGAUUAUAUGUAUUCCAUUAAACAUGCAACACUUUAAUUAAAUGCAUCAAUUUCAUCAACUGUGUGACAGUCACCAAAAUCAUGUUUUGUAAGGUCACCAUGACCUCGACCUUUGAAGUUUGAGCUUAAGCCACCAAAAUCAAAUCAGUUAAUCGUCGACUCCAAGUGAAUGUUUGUCCCAAAUUUGAAGAAGUUCUGUCAAGGCGUUACUGAGAUAUGUUGUUCACCAAAACGAGACAGACAUGCAGACGGACAAACAACCCAAAAACAAUAUGGCUCCUUCUUUGAUUGUCGUGGAGGAAUAAAAGGAAGCAGCUCUUCAGACAGGCCUGUCUGAAUAAAAAUGUUUCCUGCUGCUUCACAGGAGGUCGUAUUGAUGAGGGGAGAGUUUUCCACAACUUGUAAAUCACAGUCGCCUCAGUUUUUAUGGUGGUUUUCAGGUAGAGCCAGUAAUUAAUGUUGAGCAGACCUAAGAGCCUGAUUGGCUGGAUAAAGGAGUUCAGCAAUAUACUGAUGUGUUUGACCAUGUAGGACUCUAAAGUUGAGCACCGAUAUUUUAAAAUGGAGAGAAAGACCGUUACAAUAAUCUAAAGGAGAAGAAAUAAAAGCAUUAAAAAAAACACUAGACAUUUGUGUCUAAUUCACGGGGACAUUCUCUGGGGACAGGACAUCAAAAACAGGGACGGUCCCUUUAACACGGGGACGUCUGGUCAGUCUACUGCACGUUUCUGUUGAUGUGAAAACACUUUCUCUAAAUAGCGAGUGUGAUUUCAGUCUGUAUCCGGUGCGUAUUUUCUCUGAGACUCGUGUAAAUAGAGUAACUGCAGCACAAGGGAAGGCAGACAGGUGACAUGUCAGGUGACCAGGAUGCAUGCGAUCGGACAGCACAACAUAUACUGAUGAGGAACAGGUGAUGCUCAGAGGAGGGAAACUCAGCGAGGACAGUUAGAGGACAGACGAGGGUCUGCUGGACUCCUCAUCACUGAGUCCUUUUAUUAAUCAGGGAUACAGAUGUUCAGAUCUGUUCUUAUGAUUCCAGCUGUUUCUCCCUCAUCUCUGAUGUUUGAUCUUUGGCUGCAGACCGUGGACAACACACCCGUCCUCCUCUUCCUCUUCCUCCUCCUCCUCCUUCCUGCUGGACGCCUCCUCUGUUUGUCCCGACAGUUUGACCUGUUGUUAGGAGGAACCUCAGACUUCAGUGUUUCUCUGUGAGAUUUAUGAGGGACGAUGAUGAAUGUGACACCAGCUUCAUGACACACACACACACACACACACACACACACACACACACACGUGUAUCUGGACAAAAUAACAACAACACCUGAACGAUGUGGCUCCUCCCAGUCCAACAGAUCCUGCAGUUACUCCACCGCUCUGUCACACUAUUACACAUGUGUAGUUACAUUGUUGUGUUUAUACAUUUCAUGUAAUUUGACAUAUGCUCAUUUGACUUGAGUUUGUAGGCGGAUGUCUCCCCCCCAAACUAAGGGGUGGGCACUUCAGCAGCAGGGCCAAUAGGCUUUCAGAGGUGUGAAAAUAGCUUCAGUGUGUUUUCUAUUAUUUCAUAUCAAAGAGGUGCUGUGGAGCUAGUACAGUUCUUCUGUUAUCAGCUCAGCACAUUUACAUAUGCAAAUGAAUUAGGUUUGAAACAGGUGGACUCUGAGAGGAUAUAUGUCAUUUUUACCAGGAGACUUUUAAAUGUAUUUUUUUCUUUAAUUCAUAUAUACAAAACAAAAAAGUUAAAAAUGCAUCAUGACUUUUUGACACAUGUACAUAUCUUGUACCACUGUGUUAAAGUCAAAAUAUUUAAAGGAAAAAGGAAAAGUUUUUUCAGAAUAAAACAAUUUGUUAUAAAGUAAUUUGAGAAAAAAGUUGCCUACUUAAUAUUACAAUAAUAAUAAGUUAUUAAUAAGUUUACGCCGAAAAUUGUAAUGUGAAGAGACAAUGUCAUGAUUUUAUAAGAAAAUGUCCUUAUAUAUCAGGAAAAGACAUGGGAACAAAAGCUUUAAUAUUCUGAGGAAUAAAUUUGAACUUAACAUCAAAAAUAAAUAUUUUAGGAAAAUUCAAUUUUACAAAAAAGUUACUAGUUUAACUGGUUUAACUAAAUACUUAGUUAUAAUUUUACAAUUCUGCAAAGAAAAAUGGUUUAAAAAUGUUGUAAAUUCAAGUUUUUAAUUAAUAAUAAUUAUUCAUUAAUAACAGUAAUAACCACAUUCUGUUCUCAAAAUAUAAACAUUGUUCUUGUAAAAUAAUGAAUUUAUUCUUAUCUUGACAAUUUUGUUGUAAGAUCACUACUUUUUUAUAACAUAUGUAAAUUUUCAUUUUCAUUUUUUACAAAAUAAUUUUCAGAAUCUCAGAUUCAGUCGCCUGAAUUCUUCGUCGUGUUGGUUUUCAUGCUAAAGCAGUUUUUUUUUAAAUUAUUAUUACUUUUUAUUUAUGUUAUUUUUUCAGGUGUUUCUUGCAUCAAAUUAAGUUUCUUUUCAAGAACUUAUUUCACUGCUCAGAUCUGUUUCCCAUGUGACAUGAACAUGUUGAACAAAUAAAAACCAUCAUUUGA